GAGCCUGAUCUGGUUUGUGGGUAGAGCUUGUUAGCUUUUUCUCAGCAUCACAAAGGCGUACAUUUAUAUUGAUAAGGAUGAUGGCUUGGUUCAAGACUUACGAGCUGUUGUUUUCUAUCUUCUUAUACCUUAUGUUCUUGGUUCUAGCACUGGCAGCUGAUCCCUUUGACAUACAACUGGGGGAUACGAAUUCCUGCCAAAAACAAUGCGAUCUAAUUUUCAGAAAUAAAGAUGAUUCUAAAGAACCCACUGUUAAUGCUUGCUACAGGGGCUGUAGACUGUUUUCAAUUUGCCACUUUGUGGAUGGCAGUGUAGAGCUGAAUGAAACAAGAGCUGAGUGCAAAUCAGCAUGUUUGGAAGCUUACAGCAAAACUGAAGAACAAUAUGGCUGCACAGCUGGGUGCAGAAAUCAGCUGCCUGAAGCAGAGAUCAGGAAAAAAAAGUUGCAGACAUUGAUGCCUAAGCCACAGCCUUUCUCUGUGCUAGAUCUAGUCUCCAGUUUCUGCAGUGAUAUUGUCAGCUCUGCUCAAAGUUUCAUCUCUUCCACCUGGACUUUCUACCUGCAAGCAGAUGAUGGGAAAGUUGUAGUGUUCCAGUCUCAGCCUGAAGUUGACUACACACUGCAAGACGUUCAAGCACCAAAGACUGAAGUCACUGAAAAGACUUUGCUCCACAAGAACAACAAGGCUCAGAAGACUCGUACAAGUCAGCAUGAGAAGCCAGAAAAGGCUCCAGCAAAGGACUCUGAUAUGAAACACCUUAUUCAGCAUUUAGAUGGCCAGCAGCCUGAGCAUGAUUUCUUGGGAUGUAUGUCAAAACGCUCAGGACUGCCACGCUGGAUCUUGGCUGCCUGCCUCUUUCUAUCCAUUGUGGUGAUGAUGUGGCUUAGUUGUGCCAGUCUGGUAACAGCACCUGACCAACAUGUGAAGGCACAGCAACUGAGCAUAAAUGGCGAUAAGGCUUACUUAGAGUGCAUGGAGAAAUCGAACCCGUACAAUCUGCAGCCUGUUAUUGCUGUAACCAUAUGCCACACUGAAGAGAAUGAAGAGGCGGGACCACUGCCUAUCAAAGUGGAUCUUGAUAAAACUGUUGUCUAACCUGUGUCUCAUUGGAUUGCACUGCUGGUCAAAGUACCAUGCAAGACCAGCAUUGGCACAGGUCAUGUAUUUAAAUUUAUUUAUUUGUUUUCAUUUAUUUAUUUUUUUGGAAGAUGCAGUCUUUCAGAGUGAAUAACACAGUCGGGUAAGCAUUUCUCUGUAAAACAAUUCCUUUUUACUUAACUCUUAAUAUCUUUCCCCACGUGUGUUCCUAAGCUUGCUCUUCUUUUCGGACUCUUUAGAUAUGCAGUGAGACAUGUGAAGAUACUCCUGAAUUAGACUCUCCUGUCAUUUGGGGGCUAGACUUUGAAAGUAGUUUGUUAACAAAUCUUUAAGACCGGUAAGCACUGUAGUCCCAGUUAGAACUGCUACAGUCUUCUUGGAUGUGCAGCUUCUCCAAAGGGUGCAACCUUUGUCUUGCAGGUUUUCCAGCAUAAUUCAGAAUGUUUAUCUCUUGCUCGGUGGUAAAUGAAGUAACCCUGUAAACCGAGAUGGUUUUGGGAACAUUUUCUCUCCAGUGCCGUAUAGUGGGAGCACUGUAAGUAGCUGCAGUAUUUGCUGUGGAAAGAUCAUGCUAGAUUUCCUUCCAAGCUUUUCAAGCCUUCUGACUGUCUAAAGAUGUUCCUUAAGUAGCAUCCUGUGUUUCCUUGUGAUAUGAUUCAAUAUUAAUUAGAAAAGUAUUACACAUUAGACAACUAAUUGUAGUUAUUGGUUGCAGACUGUCAAGUUGUCAGAUGAAAAUUAGCCCCUGCAAAUCAGAGGUCUUGAUUCUUUCCUGGAAAUGGGGCUGUGUAUGUGUCUGUCUGUCUCUCUCUCACUGUCUAGGUAAGGCAGAGAUGUUUAAGUAUCAUAAUCCUUGUUUAUAAUUGAGACUAGAGUGAUUAAGAAGUUUACCAACAGAUUGAUAUAAGGGUUGUACUGGGCUGUGGUAAUGGAAAGAAAACUGAGUUGAAGAAGGAAGCUGUAAGUUUAUGUUCCCAUCCUCAUUUUGGUCAAGAGAUUUGAGUAGCAACUGAAGGAAUGAGAUUUCAGAUGCAAGUAGCAGACAUAAGAUUCCUUGUCAUGAUAGAUGGGCCUAUUUUCUGUUAUAGAGGAAAAAGAGUUCAGCAAUUGCUGCUCUUUCAUGAGAAAAGUCAGUUGAACUGGUUUGAACACUAUGUGAAAAUGCCCCUAGUUGCCUCCCACUGGAGGUAUAUCAGAUAUAGCACACUGGGAGAGGGCCUUGAGGCAGACCCAGGACAUGAAGAGAUUGCAUCUCUGAGCUUGUCCAGGAAUAAUAUCUAGGCUUUUCACAGGAUGAGGUAGAGACAGUUGCUGGGAGAAAGGGUGUAAGUCUGGUCGGCCUUGCUUAGCUCACUACCAUCAUGACCUUUAUAAGAAGAGACAACUUAGGAAAUUCUGUUGAUGAACUGCAGUAUACCAGCCAUGCUUUUUACUAGUGAAACUGUGCUUCUAGAAUUUCUCACUUUGCCAUUACUUUGGAUACUAGUGCAAAAAGACAUUUGACCAGUAUGGGUUAUGGAGCCUACUUCAGUAGACUGAAAUCCCACUUACCUGACUUUCAUAAUGCCAAGAUGGCAACACCAACAAUCCAUAACACCAAGGACCCAGAACAUCGACUUUCCACUCCAGUUAACUAACCGCUUGGCCACCUCAUUAGUAAGGGUAUCUCUAAUCCAGGGACAAGAUGGUCAUAACACCCCUGUAUUCUUCCCUUAUAAAGAC